AUGAGAAGUGAAUCCAUAGAAACAUGUAAAUCGUUUUUAAAAGAUACAGUAACCAACCAAUCACUUGUCGAUCACUUCGAAUUUUAUUCAACACGUAACGACCGCUAUCAUCUUUGGAAUGGUUCCGAAUCUUGUGAUAACUUCAAACAAUUGAUUGAUCAACCUGUCUGGUUGAGUGACGAAGAGAAAUCAUAUCCAAUCGCAUAUUCCCUACUAAUUUACGAGGAUGUUGAAUGGACAGCUCGACUACUGCGUUUAAUUUACCGUCCGAACAACCUUUAUUGUAUUCAUGUGGACAGGAAAUCUCCUGAGUGGUUUUAUGAGGAAAUAAUUGAACUGUCUCGGUGUUUCGGUGUUAAUGUACUAGUUGUGAGUCGAUCUGUGAGUGUCCGUGUGGUUUGGGGACACUAUUCCGUAUUGGAAGGUUUUCUCAAUUGUGCUAAAAUGUUACUCGACAAUCCAUAUGUUAAUUGGCAAUAUUUGAUUAACAUCAACGGGAAAGAAUUACCAUUACGUACGAAUUGGGAAUUAGUAGUUGCUUUGAAGGCGUUAAAUAUGUCCAACGUCAUUGACUGUGCCAAAAGAAAUGCUCCGAUACAAAGAAUUCCUUUAGAACAACCGAAUUUCCUAGUAAGUUCAAUUUUAGCAUUAGGCGUACGGCUAUUCUUUUUAGUUUUUGCUAUUCAUUGCAACUGA